CGUGCACGCCGCUACGCGCGGCAACACUACAUCACGUCGUACGCAUUGCAUCAGCUGGCCGCGGUCGCUGUCGCGAUCGCGCAGCUUGCCUGUCAUUCGUGGCGAGCGAGAAUAGUCCGGCCGAAAAAGUUUCGGAGGACGGAGGCGCGCGCGCGGCGCGCGAUGUGAGGCAGGUAGUGCAGGUACGCGACGGUCGAGGAGAGGACGCCUGCAGUCAUCGUCGCGUCGCGUCGCGCUGCGCUGCACCGUGUCGCGUCGCGUCGCGUUGCAUCGCAUUGCGUAGCGUCCCGUCGCGUCGCGUACCUAGCGUAGCGUUGCGGCGGAACAGUCCGAGUAAACGCGCGUACUCGCGCGAGAUAACGCCAGGGGUUUCGAUAGGCGGCCGCCGCGAGCCGAGACUCGCGUUUAAAGAUGACCGUUGGACGCUAACUCGAUAAUUCGCGGAAGAGGCGAGAAUCGCCUUCCUCACUGUUUGUGUGUGUGUGUUUGCUCUCUUCUCUUGCUCUUCCUUCUUCUUUGUACUCGGCAUGCCUCGCGCUCUCUUUUGCGCUCGUACAAAGUUCAUGUCUGCCGGUACGUACAUGACGCAGAGACGAUAGCGCGAGGGUGACAAGUCCACGAUAAGAGUUGCGUCUGUCGUAUUACCGUGAGCGCGGCCCACGCGCAACGACGACGUCAAUUUAUCGCUGUCUGAGCUCGUGAGCUCGAGUGUGCCCGACAGACCCAGGCUCCUUCGACAGCGGACGGUUCAACGGGAUGUCCCAUCUGUGCGAGGUCGAUCCGUUCAGUGAGACGCCGAUGGAGAUGCUUGUCGAACAGGAGUCUUGCGAAGGUAAUGAUGAAGCGACAGUCCAAGUGGAAGACAGUCCAAAGAACAAUGUAGAAAUUAACAUUGCGAGUGAAGCUUAUGCUGAGCCUUUGAUCCCGGAGGAAGUACAGUGGUUUUACAAAGACGGCGUUGACAAGAGGUGGAACGAGUUCUGUGGGUACGACAGUUUGAGAAUCGAGAAAAUUUAUCAGAAGCGUCAGAGUUUAAUUAGCGAGAGUAAUGACGGGACGAACGGCCUGCCGCCCGCUGAGAAAAUUGUAGUCAGAGGCGGCAUGUACGAUGUCGAGAUCGAUAAUAUGAAAUGCGUUUCGAUAUACUGGCCAGGUGAGGAGUGGGAAAUUAUGAGAGGUACAUGGUAUUACGAUGGCAGUUGGAUACCGUUGGAAACGGAACAUUCCAAAGUAAUAGAAGAGGUGCAUCUUAAAUUAUUUCAAAAGGAAAGUACUGAUCAAAGUAUUACUACUACGUGCGAUACAAAUAUUCCUCAAUCCUAUAAAGUGUUACAUACUGAGCAGUUCUCUGAAUUUCACGUCGACUGGCAUUCGAUUAACGAUGUAACACUAUAUAGUGAAUAUACUCCUACCAAGUUAAUGCGUAGCGUUACGUCAAAAUUGGGUUUUGCUAAAACAACAGGCUACCGAUUAAAAAGGGGAUAUAAAGCGCGUACGAGUAUGGAGGAUAAGCCGCGUGAUAUUGACCAUCUAGUAUUUGUUGUUCACGGAAUAGGACAAAAGCGAGAUACUGGAAAGAUUAUACGCAACACCACAUGUUUCAGAGAUUGCGUGGAUUGGCUUAAGCAGAAAUAUUUUCCAAAUUCUAAACACAGAGAGGAAUUCUUCCCAGUUGAAUGGCGGUCAUCAUUAAAGUUGGAUGGAGAUAUAGUAGACGCAAUUACACCUUAUAGUGUACUGAGCAUACGUCACUUACUAAAUGCAUCGGCAAUGGAUAUUUUGUACUAUACAAGUCCUCUAUAUGGUGCUGAGGUCCGAGCUGGUUUGCAAAAGGAGCUGAAUAGAUUGUACUUUAUGUUUGCGAGUCGACAUCCUGGUUGGCAAGGAAAGGUCUCGAUUUUAGCGCACUCCCUAGGAUGUGUGAUUGUAUAUGACAUAGUUACAGGCUGGAUAGGACCUGAUACACAGCUGCCAUGUCCACAGGCUCAAGAAGUCUUAUCUCAAGGACUACAAUUUCCCAUUGAGAACUUGUUUUGCCUGGGUUCGCCGUUGUCUGUGUUCUUGGCACUGCGUACACGUACUCCAUCGAACAGACUAGACAUGAUGCCACAAGGUUUAUGCAAUAGAUUCUACAAUAUAUUUCACUGGUCCGAUCCGGUGGCAUACAGAAUGGAACCGCUUUUGGAAAGAGGUUACAGUAAAAUCGAGCCAGUUUUGAUACCACCAUAUGGAGGAGUUGAUGGUCAACAAAUGCCACAGUCGCCUUCAUCGCUGAACAACGUGGAUCCAACUCUACCGCCUACGGAAAAUGAUGAUAAAGAUGAUAGUCCAGUAGAUAGUCCGCCCAAUCGUAAUGCAGAAAAGGGCUGGAGCCUUUGGGACUUAGUGCGAGGUGGUUGGAACGUUAGAGAAGGUCCAUCUUCGCCGACACCAGACUCAAAUCCACCAAUCCGUCCAGGACAAGAAUUAGCGCAACGAUUGGAUUACGUGCUACGUGCCGUUGGUUUAGGAAGGAAUUAUUUAUACACCGUAACAGCACAUACGGCAUAUUGGAAUAACUACGAUGUGGCCUAUUUCGUAUUAACGAGACUCUUCCCAACGUUAGAAACAUGACGGCAGUUUAGCGCAGAAUUCCAACAAAUUUUACUAAAAUGCUCUAGUCGAUUGUAGGCCUUCUCUAGAAUGUGAUAUUGCAAACGGGCCUAUCACCAAAACAAUCUGUGAUAACGGAAAAACGAUACAAUAAUGUUGCAAAGUCUAUGGAAAUCGAUCAUUUUAUAUCGUUCGUAUAAUUUGGUAAUCGCUCUGCAUCGAGUUACACGAGACGAACGUUUGUCUUUGCUCGUUUUGGAAAGUAACUUGUUUGUACUAAACAUUAGGUAAUCGACAUUUGUAUGUAGUAUAAUAAACUCUGUAUUAUAGAGAGUCCCUAUGAUACAGAGCUUUCGAUUAGAUACGUGUUUUAAGAUUCACGUGUACACGUAAUCCGUGUACAAGGACUUAAGAUACCUUUAUUCACGUGUACCUAUGUACGUGACACGUGUGCACGUAUAAUCGUGUAUGUGACACGUGUAUUCGAAUAUUCGUGUAUGUGACACGUGUACCCGAAUAUCCGUAUAUGUGUGAUACAUGUAAACGUGUGCAACUAUUUAUCAAAAUUUGUUGUUGUUCGACAUAUAAUAUGUAUACGCAUAAUUCCAACAUUCCAAGUUUUAUCCAGAUUUUGUCACAUAAUUCUCUAAAUAUUUCUCUAUUGAGGUAUACACGGCUACACAUUUACAUGUCACGUUCACGGAUAUUCGUGAACACGUGUCACGCAUUCACGUGUUCACGGAUUCACGUAAAUGUCGUAAAUAAAGAUUCUUUAAAUUCGUGUACACGGGUUAAAACAUGAAUAAGUUAAAUACACGGGUUAUACGUGUAGUCUAGUACAUGUGUACUAGGAAGCUCUAAUAGGAACGCAUGGAAGAAAAUUACAAGUUUUAUGAAUUAUGUUACCACCUGAUAGAUAUAGUUUAUGAAUAUGCGAGAUAUUUAUUAAGUGUGAUACUUUAUAAACUUUCUAUAAUUUGUUAUGACACGAUAUUUGUUUUCGAAUAGUUUAUACAUUAGUUCGAUAACUAAUAUUUUUCCGUUGAUUGCCUUUGUUAUGUAUAUUGCCAUGUAUAAAAAUAAUAUAUUUUAAGAUUAGUGCCAGACGUGUUAAAUAUGUUAUUAAUCUUACAUUGAAGUGAAGUAAGAUAUGUAAUGCUUGCGAAUUUUUCUUACAUAUACCUACCGAUUGUUAAUCAAUUUACAGGUGUACAUUAACAAAUUAUCUAAUGUAGAAGUAUUCGAAUAAUGCAAAAACAUGAGACACCAUACAUCAGAUCAUAGAUUUUAAAUAUAUAACUUAUUAAGAUAUGCUAUACAAGUAUACUGCUAUAGUUUUAUAUCUCUCUGAGUUUAUAAUCUUUGAAAUAAUUUGAGUUUAUAAUCUUUGAAAUAAAGCAUUAAAUUCAUAUUGUA